UCAUAUACAAAUGUAGGAAACAAGAUUUUCAUUCUUGCUCACAACAUAAUGCCGACAACCAAAGUUAUAUAUAGUCCAUUUUGUAACCUAUCUUAUUCCCUUUAAAAGAAAAAUUUACUUUGUAGGGCGUAAACAGGUAACUAAGUUCAGGGUCUCUCACGAUAAAAAGCGGAUGUUUUGAUUGUUCGCUGUAGCAUAUCGCCCUUCAGUGGCUGCGAUGCAUUGCGUUCUAGCCCCUUGCAGGUGUACAAUGGAACACAAAACAGGGAACUCCCUGCAUUAACGUCAUAGAACAGAUGACGUCCGUUCACGACUGAGUUGGCACAGGUGUCAAUUCAAACAGGUAGUUUGAUUGGGUUUCAGGGGCAACAAGCCCAGCUCAGUGCUCGCACUAAGGAAAGCCAAAACUAGUCAGCACUUUCUGAAUUCAGCGUGCUUGAAUUCACACGAUAACUGGUACAGCUCAACAUUGCUUGAUUUGGCAGAUGAAGAAGUACUGUACACUACUAGUUCUGAAAAGUGACAAUGCUAGAGCAGUCCAUUCUCUUGGUAGCACAGGCAAGGUGCAGGUUUUCAGUUGCUGAGGAAGAGAUAAACCAUGGAGGAUCCAAACAAUAACGAGGAUUAUGCAUCAUGUGUGCCGGACUACUUGAUGCCCGACCUAAUAGCGACCAAGGAUGAGUUAUGUCCGGACGAGCAGUCAGUGCCCGUCUUCGACCGCGGAUGCCCCGCCGAGGACCAAUACAAUCCCGCCGCGGGAUGGAUGGGGAAUCAAAUAGACUUUCCAACGUACCACUCACAGGUGAACGGCAACUACAUGGAGAGCGCCCCCAGUGGUCAACCGCUGCAGCUGAACUACGACCCUGCUUGGUUAGCGCCCUCUUUUACCUCUGAGGGCGCUCUUUCUACAAACCAUGUGGCGGAGCCGACUCACGUCCCUCAGCACCCCGCAGCAUCCUCGUCGUCGGGCCUGCACUGUUCGGUGUGCUUCCGGACUUUCAAGCAAAAGUUGAGCCUGACUAACCACCAGCGGUCGCACACGGCCAGGCAGCCCCACCUGUGCACGAUCUGCGGUGAGACCUUCAAGUACAAGACCAACUUCAAGCGCCACAGGAGGAUCCAUGCCAAGGAGAUGAAAAUUUGCAGAUACUGCGGAACCAAUAUGGAGAGUGACUACGAUCUGGUUCAGCAUGAGAAAGAACACAGACGGCAACAAAAACAACUUUAGUUUGAAACAAACCUAAAAGACAGUAACUCAGAGGAUUACUAUAGAAAAAAAAGUAGAAUUUCGAUAGGCAUAUACACUACGUCCAAAACUACCCGCAACUUUUUUGCGAGGCUCUAGCGUCGGCGCGGAAACACGCACCGCCAUUAUUUUUAUACAAUUUUAAA